AUGGUCGAACAGGCUCUGAACAAUCUCGACCACGCCUACCGUCUGUACGGACCGGAAUCUGUCAUCUGCUCUUUCAACGGUGGUAAAGAUGCUGUAGUAAUUUUACACUUGGUGCGAGCCGCACACGCGCGAUUCUACGAUCAACAACGAAAUCUAGAUGGCAAUCCAAUCGAGCCACUCCGACCCCGCGUUGUUUACUUUGAGCACAAGGACGAGUUUCCGGAAAUUCGGUCCUUUCUCCGUGAAAUGGUCGACGUCUACGAGCUAGACAUGAUUGCCUUUGAGCAAGGGAUAAAAUUCUCGGAAGGAUUGAAGACUCUCGUCACACAUAACGUACCCCAGAACAGCAAUGUUUCGUUUCCAGUCGCUUUUGUCUUGGGAACGCGAGCAACAGAUCCCAAUGCCCGGGGUCAAGGAACCUUUGCCCCGUCAAGCCACUAUAUGCCGCCCUUUAUGCGAGUCAAUCCAGUAUUGGAAUGGACGUACGGGCAUGUUUGGCACUUUCUUCGUCUGUUUCAUUUGCCAUACUGCGGCCUGUACGACCAAGGGUACACCAGUUUGGGCACCACUAAAGACACGAUUCCCUGUCCAGCGCUAACAGUUCCUGGAGGAAAUACCACGAACGCGAUCCCAAGGUAUUGGCCAGCCUACAUGUUACGUGAUUGGGAUCAGGAACGAGCUGGACGAUUGUCGAAACCGAAGGCCAACAAGACGGUCGAUGAUACCUCUAGUAGCGCUUCACGCACAACGCAACUCUCUGCCAUGACUACGGUGGGCGUGUUGAUAAUCGGCGACGAAAUCCUUAAAGGUUUGACGGCAGAUACAAAUACGCUAGCGGCAGCCAAAGCCUUUCGUGAAAAGAACGUAUUAUUGAAACGUGUCGUCAUCGUUUCAGACGAUUCCGACGAAAUCAUUCAGGAAAUACACCGUUUGCAGAAUGAAGUGGAUGUGAUAAUUACGUCGGGAGGAGUAGGCCCGACGCACGACGAUGUCACCAUCAAAAGCGUCGCUGCAGCGCUUCGGUUUGAUAUGGUGUUGCACGAAGAAAUGGCGGAUCUUUUGCGCGAAAAAAUGAGCAACGAUGCCGACACCGAGCUGACGGAAGCCCAGGUGAAAAUGGCUACACUGCCGAAUGCGUCCAAACUUCGGUAUCUGUCCGAUGAUCCCAGCGACUGGCCUGUUUUACAAUGUCGAAAUAUCUUCAUUCUU